GCGUUUCUUCAAGUUCGUAGUAAUUUCGUUCGCACUGAAAUUUAAUCAGCCUUUAAAUAAAUUAGUAAAUAGUGUGCAGAUUUUUCGUGUUUCGAAUUUCCAAUUACUAUAAUCUAUUUCGCAACGCUUGCAGACAUUUUAAACGCGCCUUGCUGACGUACGCGUCUCAACAAAGAAGUAUCACAAGUGGGAGAGAAAGAAAUUGAAGUAGCUGUAGCUCGAAAAAUUAAUCGAGAUAUAGUGUAAUAAAAGCACGCAAAAGCAAAAAAAUUGCACUUAAAAGAGAAUGAGCACAACGCCGUCCAGUCUCAUUGAGGCGGCUAAAACAGCAGGCAGCCUUGCUGCUACCGCUGCUGCAGCGGUUAUUCAAAACGGCACAUCCUUGAAAGCCGGCACCAACUACGUCGUGAAAAUGAAUCCAUCGACGGUCAACGCGGAACCCCUUGAUCCGCUGCUGCAUGUGGGCGACGGCAUAUUCCUGCAAACAAAAACCGCACAGGUGUUGGCUGGUGUGUUUGUCUUGGCCUCGCUUUUUGUCACAUGUCAACAGAUCUAUCAGCAUUUGCGCUGGUAUACCAAUCCUCAGGAGCAGCGUUGGAUAGUUCGUAUUCUGUUUAUAGUGCCCAUCUAUGCCACCUACUCGUGGAUAAGUCUGUUAUUCUUCAACUCGGAUAAUGUUUACAUUUACUUCUUCACGGUGCGAGACUGCUAUGAAGCUCUUGUCAUUUACAACUUUCUGUCGCUCUGCUAUGAGUAUCUUGGCGGUGAGGGCAACAUUAUGUCUGAGAUACGUGGCAAGCCCAUCAAGACCUCUUGCUUGUACGGCACCUGCUGUCUCAAGGGCAAGACCUACACCAUUGGCUUUUUGCGCUUCUGCAAACAGGCAACGCUGCAAUUCUGUUUGGUCAAACCGCUGGUGGCCUUCAUCAUUAUCUUCCUACAGGCAUUCGGACACUAUCACGAUGGCGAUUGGAGCGCCGAUGGCGGCUACAUCUAUAUAACCAUCAUCUACAACAUCUCUGUCUCCCUGGCUCUGUACGGUCUCUAUUUGUUCUACUUUGCCACGCGCGAUUUGCUGACACCCUUUGAGCCUGUGCUCAAGUUCUGCACCAUCAAGUCGGUUAUAUUCCUGUCAUUCUGGCAAGGCGUUAGUCUUGCCAUACUCGAGAAGGCUCAGGUCAUUUCACCCAUUGUCGACAGUGCUGGCACUGUCACCUCAGCGGGUACUGUCUCUGCUGGCUAUCAGAACUUCUUCAUUUGCAUUGAAAUGCUGUUCGCAGCCAUUGCUCUGCGCUACGCUUUUCCUUAUCAGGUCUAUGCACGCAGCUGUAUUGCCGAGGGUCACGGACGCUCUGUAACAAUGCAGUCCAUCUCCAGCAGCCUUAAGGAAACAAUGAAUCCCAAGGAUAUUAUGACAGAUGCUAUACAUAAUUUCCACCCACAGUAUCAGCAAUACACGCAAUACAGUUCAGGUGGCAAGAACUCACGCGGCAUACGUGUCUCCAGCUACGAUCCGGAUGAUCCAAACAACGCUGGCGGCGGUGCUACUCAGGCUGCCAACGUGGGCAGCACAACAGCCAGCAGCGGCGGCUACAAUGCAGUUGCCACUGGCAGCGGCGGCGGCGGCGGCAGCAACAACAGCAGCAGCUGCAUGGCCUCCAAGACGCUCGGCAACCAGCGCAAGUUCUUGCCGGGAGGACAGCGUGUGGCCACCAUUAGUCAGAACUACAAUGAGAAGACCAUGCUGCUGAGCAGCGACGAUGAGUACCAGUAGAGUCUGCGGCAGAGCUUUGAGAGAUCGGCGUGUUUCCAUUUAUUGUUUUAUGAAUUGUUCGUUGAAACUUUUGGAAUAUUUAAAUUGUUUAAACUCAAGUCGCUUUGAUUUGCUUGUACAAUAACAUUAAGUAGCGCAACAACCGGGGGAAACAAA